CGCGGUCUGCCCCGCCCCGCCUUAGCUCCCGCGCUAGAGAGAAACAUGUAUCGUUUCCGAUCACAGCUUUUCACGGGGAUUUCUGCUGCCGCCGCUGCCCACUCGUACCCCCGCCGCUUCUCGCCUCUGUUGUUAGCCGAAGACUCGCCUCUCAGCCGCCCGCUGCACAGACGCACGAGUAGAAAGUGCAGCUCUAUUGGCUGAUCUUCACUGAGCUCCCAGUUUAGGCGGCACCGGGCGUCCCACGAUGCCGAAGAAUAAGAAGCGGAACGCGCCCCACCGCGGUGGCAGUAGUGGCAGCGGUGGCUCAGGGGCAGCCGCGGCGACGGCGGCGACGGCAGGUGGCCAGCAUCGAAAUAUUCAACCUUUUAGUGAUGAAGAUGCGUCGAUUGAAA